AUGGACUUCUACGAGCCGGUCCCACUGGCGUUGGCCUACGGAAACGGCAGUCGGGAGUGGUUCGUUGAGCGAUGGAACACCCUGCUGGACACGAUCGGGGACGACCAGGAAACGCUGUACGUGUGGGUGUUGGUGUUCUACACCAAUGCCAUCUACUGGAUACUGGGUGGACUGUUUGUGCUGAUGGAUCUGACCGAGUGGCCCAAGUUUAUGCGCAAGUACAAGAACCAACCGGGCAUGAACGAGCCGCUGGAUUGGGAAAAGUUUAAGAAGCUAGUGAAAACGUUACUCUUCAACCAAACGGUCGUCGGCAUCCCGACGGCGUACCUAUCGUUCUACGUGAGCCGUAACGGUGUGCCACCGCCGCGGGAGUUCCCGACGGCGUGGACGAUGGCGCGUGACUUUGCCGUGUGCAUCACCCUGUGGGAGAUCACCUUCUACUACAGCCACCGGUUGCUGCACUCCCGCUUCCUCUACAAGCACGUGCACAAGAAGCACCACGAGUGGACGGCCCCGGUGGCCCUGGCCGCCAUGUACGCGCACCCGUUCGAGUACGUCUUCAGCGAUCUGUUGCCGGUGUUUGCGGGCCCGGCCGUGAUGAAGUGUCACGUCGCCACGACCGCUAUCUGGUUCGCGUUCGUGAUGGUUGACACCGUGCUGGACCACUGCGGGUACCAUCUGCCGUUCCUGUCCAGCCCGGAGUCGCACGACUACCACCACCUCAAAUUUAAUCAGUGCUACGGUCUCUACGGAUGGAUGGACUGGUUCCACGGCACGGACUCGGAAUUCCGCAAGAAGAAGCAGUUCCAGCGGCACAACCGCAUCAUCGGGUUCCAGUCGGCACGGGAGCUAGUGCCGGAUAAGUAAGGAUACACGUAACGGCUCCUCCUCGUGAGUACCUUCCGAGGGCUCUGGGCGGGACUCGGUCCAUUGCGGGACCGCAUCCUGCAUCGUGUGUCCUUCAGUGAUUCGUUUAUGAUAAGGCAUUCAAAUCUCCCUACUUUCCUACUUUCCUGCUCCCCCUUCCCUCCCUCCCGUCCCCAUCCCUUGUGUAUAGUGUUAGAAGAAGUGACUAGGCAAAUUGGACCACCUGCGUCCGAACAAGUUGAUCGUUGAAAUAAACGAAGUAUACA